GCUCUUCUGCGCGCAACGACAAGGGCGGAAUCGGCUCCUCUUUUCUCUUUCGGUGUGGCUGCGCGGGUGUUGUUCCGGGUCAGCGGGGCCGAAAGAUGGCGGCGCCCAUGGAGUUGUACUGUUGGGCCGGAGGCUGGGGCUUGCCGUCGGUGGAUCCCGACUGCUUGGCUGUUUUGACGUAUGCCCGUUUCACAGGAGCACCCCUCAAGGUUCACAAAAUCACGAAUCCGUGGCGAAGCCCCUCAGGGAUCCUCCCAGCGCUGAAGUCGAAAGGCGAGGGCGUCAUCUCGGACACUCAGCAGAUCAUCACCCACCUAAGGAAGCAGAAAUUCAAUGCAGAUUAUGACCUCUCGGCCCGGCAGGGAGCGGACACACUCGCCUUUGCAUCCUUGCUGCAGGAGAAGCUGUUACCUGUGCUGAUCCACACGUUCUGGGUGGAUGCCAAGAACUAUGUGGAGCACACGCGGAAGUGGUACGCCGAGACCAUCCCCUUCCCGCUGAACUUCUUCCUGCCGGGCCGCAUGCAGAAGCGCCAGUUGGAGCGCCUGCAGACGGUCUGUGGGGAAAGCUGUCUGGACAACGAGGAGGAGCUGGAGAAGGAGCUAUACCGUGACGCCCGCGAGUGUCUCACGCUCCUGUCCCAGCGCCUUGGCAGGCAGAAGUUCUUUUUCGGAGACUCGCCUGCUUCCCUGGACGCUGUUGUCUUCAGCCACUUGGCCCCCCUCUUGAAAGCCAAGCUUCCCAACGGGAAGUUCCAGCAGCACCUCAAGUCCCUGCCGAACCUCUGUAAUUAUUGUACAUCCAUCUUAAGUCUCUACUUCCCCUGGGAUGAAGGCGACCCCCCGCCCAGCGUCCCCAGGGCAGCCGCUGGGGACGGGAGCGACACGGAGGAAGAGCCAUACAAGCGAUGCAACCAGGUCCUGUCGGUGCUGGUGGGCCUGGUGGCGAUGGUUGGGUACGCCCUUCUCACCGGCAUCGUCUCCGUCCAGAAGCAGCCACCCGGGCAUGCGGGGCCUCGCACCCUUGCCCUCGAGGAGGAAGAGGAAGAGGAGUGAGCUGCACAGGGCCCGGAGACCUGCUCUGCGUUCUUCACACGGACUGUUUUUGUACCCGGCCAGACCGGCGCACCCGUCUCCCCUCAGACUCUCUCUUUCCUCUUGUUCAUUCCAGAAUCAGAGGGGCGGGGGCCCAGACCAGGCCAAUAAAAUCUGUGAUCAGUCCUCUGCC